AUGGAUUCUCAGACCAAGUCUGAGUAUGAAGUCAAGUGCGCAAAGCUACGCCUCGAUUUGAAGAAGUGGGAAAGCGACUGGGCAAAAGCACACGGCGGGAAGAAGCCCGGCCGAGACGACAUCAAGAGCAAUGCAGAAAUAGCCCAAAAAUACAGGCACUAUCAGAAAUGUCGAGAUAUUCUAGAUGGCAAAGCGCCAGUACCACCGCCCAAAGACGAAACCAGGUCGAGGAAGCAUAGAACCGAGCAUCCACCGUCAGAAACUCCCUUGAAAAAGGCAAAGUUUACCGAAACCCCCUCCAACAACCGGAUCCAGGACCCCAAUGACUUGGCCACUACCCCUUCAAUAUCUCGAAAGUUGUUCAGCCCUAGUGGCGUGACAUCUCUUGGGCCGACGCCCCAACGCGAUGGUCGGGUACUCGGGCUAUUUGAUCUACUAGUUGAGAAGGAGAUUGGGACGCCUUCGAAGAUGGAGAUGGGUGUGCGAUCAGAGGUUCGGGGUGAUGUUGGAGUAACACCCAGGAAACAAAGAGCCGUUAUGGAGAGCGUGAGUUCACCGGAACUCACCCGCUCGCCCAUGUCCGCAAGCAAGCGUCAGAUGCUGGAUACCUUCAUGACGCCUCUGAAGAAGCGAAAUGGCAACCCAGUUGGGGCUGUCACCCCAUCAUCAGUGUCGAAACUUCAAUUCGAGACCCCCCAGUUCUUAAAAAGACACUCGUUGCCCGUCGUGGAUGAGGAUGAGAACAACAUAUUUGGUGCUCCAGCUCCGCUCAGGCUACCACGGAAGCCUCUUGGGAGGGGAUUGAGCGAGAUUGUGGCCAGCCUUCGAAGGAUUGAGGAGGACGAGCUUGACGAAGAUUUGGAUGCUUUGCGUGCCGUCGAGGAUGAAGAACUGGGUAGACCGAUUCAGCCACAGAAACCAGCCCCUGAUCAAAGCAUUCUUGCCAAGGAUGCAGCGGCAGAACACUUACCACUUGGUGGUUUCGAUGACGAGGGUAUGUAUGACAGUCCAGUCGAGGAUGAGAAGGAUCGAGACGGCAACCCCAGAAAGAUCUUCAAGAAGAAGGGACAAAAGAGAACAACAAGGAAAGCCAACAUCAAACCUGUGUGGACGAAGAGACCUGUGGAAGAGGCUGGAGGCGACGAGGGUCCAGAUCAGUUGGCUUCGGGCGACAACGACGAGUUCCAGCCACAGUCCGAUGCUGAGUCAGGAGAUGACAAGCAUAAGGAGAAGCAGAAGAAGAACAAACCUCAAGCAGGCAAAGAGUCAACAAAGGGAGUUGUCAAGCGAGCGGCAAGAAAGGUGAACGAGCUGGCGCAUGCCAACUUUCAACGCCUCAAGCUGCGGCAGAAUGGAGCAAAAGGAGGACCAGGCUACAACAGCCGAUUUCGCAGGAGAAGGUAA